AUGUUGGAUGGGCAAAUCACUACUGCUUCAAGUGCUGCACGGAGGAUAUGUAGCAGUUCUAAUUCAGAAGAUUAUUCCGAAGAUAAUUAUGACGAUGAGGGACGUGCUCCAUUAUUAAACGGUCUUCUGUCAUCAGCUAAUAAUGCCGUUAAAAUCGAUCUCAACUCCGGUAUUAUCGUUCAGACAUCAAAGAAUUCUUUUGAUAAAUUUCCAAAAGAACGUUGUAAAGCUGCUAUAUCAGUGGGUUUGCUGAUAACAGCAGCCGUAUGCAAUGAUCUCGUAUUAUCUUUCAUCCAUGAAAAAGUACCACAAGAGCCGCCUUUGCCAGAUGCUGUAUUCGCUCAUACGCCUUAUAUUCCUUGGGCACUAACAGUGUCCGAAUAUCUUAUGCUUGCCUCAUUCACAUGUAUGCUUGCAUUAACUGUCUUACACAGACACCGCUGGAUUAUACUUAGAAGAAUCGCGGUUAUCGGGUCACUGUUAUAUUUUGGUCGUUGUCUAACGAUGCUCGUUACACAAGUACCUAUUGCAGAUCCUAAUUAUUAUUGUUCACCACGUUUAAGCGGUGCUGACUAUACGUUGAGGAAUAUAUUUCUGAGAGCGAUGCGGAUUGUAAGUGGUGCUGGGUUGAUGAUCAACGGAAAGCAUACACUUUGCGGUGAUUACAUUUACAGUGGUCAUACAGUUGUUCUUGUCACUAGUUGCUUAUUUAUCACAGAAUACAGUCCACAACGCUGGAAACCGCUGCAUUUCUUUUCAAUAAUGGUCUCAGCUGCUGGUGUUAUAUUGCUACUGAUAUCGCGCGCUCAUUACACGAUUGAUGUUAUCAUAUCAUAUUGGAUAUCCACGCGGGUGUUCUGGACUUAUCAUACACUGGCUGCCUUCCCAAAUCUUCGAAAUGCCAGCUCUCACUAUAAUCACUUAUCAAAAUUUUAUUGGUAUCGAUUAUUUUUAUUCAUGGAGGGAAAUUUACACAGGCCUGUACCAAGAAGGUUUGAUUGGCCGUUUCCUCGGUUGCGCUUUGGUACGCGGACUACUUGCAAAACAAACUUAUCGUAA